UCUCCUGUCGUUUGGAGGAGGAGGCGUUCCAAGAACUCCCUUGAGUGCUCGAGCUCGUCGAUGGGUGGCCGGAGACCGGCGGCUGAGGAGGAGGGGAGGGCGGCGAGGGGGAGGAAGAGGGGCGGCGGGCUGCGGACCAUGCAGGCGGGACGGGGCUCUUGCCGCGGCAGCUAGGCUCGCUCGGAUUGCCGAAGCCGGCGGCAUCCACCUUUUCUCUCUCUAAGCUCCUCCUCCUCCUCCUCCUCCUCUUCUUUCUCUUGGUUUUGGCUUCAAGUCGCCUUCUUGCUUUGGGUUUGGCGGCAAAAGUUGGGUUCUUUAUUUUUCGUUGGGCCGAGCGAGUGCGGUCGUUGGGUCUCUCCUCGCGGAUCGAUGGGAGUGCCGCUGAGAGAGGCUCUGAGGCGACUGUGCCUUGAGUUCGGGUGGUCGUACGCGGUUUUCUGGAGGGUCACCGGCUUCGGGAGUCCAAUGCAUUUGAUCUGGGAAGAUGGGUAUUGUGACCAGAACCCGGGCAUGCCUAGAUCUAAAGUUUCAGAGUUGCUACUUAAGGAACAGGGAGUGAUUAAAAGCACCGACUCGUUCUUGGAGUUAGGCUGUCAAGCAGAUGAUGGACUAGGUGUUCUGGUUCACAAGAUUAUGGCAUCCCAGGUCCAUGUUGUUGGAGAUGGGUUAGUAGGACAUGCAGCUUCAAUGGGAAAACAUCAGUGGAUCAAUCAGAAUAACCUUGAUAAAUUUGGCUUCGUAUCCAAGGGUUUUGCUGAUAUGAACUGUCAAGUUUUAGCAGGCAUUCAGGUCAGAGUUUUCUCUAGACAUUUCUUGUUAUUCUCACUUUAUUUCUUCUUCUGUGAUCAUGGUUAUACUGUGCUAUUUGCUACAGUCGUAGUUGUUCCUGUGCUUCCCUUUGGUGUCAUACAACUUGGAUCUACCCAAAUGGUUCUGGAAAACAUCGAGUUUGUUGAUCAUGUGAAAAGUUUGUUAAUAAAGCUAAAGUGUGGACCAAGGGCUCUUUCAUCUGAUAUCACUCAGAAAGCUUUGCAGGAAAAAAGUCAAAUAUAUUCUUCACCUGGCAAGCUGAUUUCUGGUUGCCGAUCUACAGAUGUUUGCACUAGGGUAGACAACAUAUGGCCUAUCACUGCUGGUGGAUGCUGCUCUGGGCUCACCAGUCCUCCUGCUCCAAAAUCUUUUACUGAAUCCUUAUCUUCAGUAUCAUCACAAUUAAAUAAAAAACAUCAGUCCACUGCUCGUGAAGUGAUGUCAAGCAAACAGACACUGAAAACCACAGAUACUUUAGGUAAAUCCCCUGUGCAAAGUACUCAGGACAGAUUUUGCAAACUAGAUAUAGACCGUGUCCGGCAGGUACCACCAGCUGAUAUGGGCUCUGAAUGUCAAAAUGAGUCUUCUACUUUGAACUCAGUUCUCUUAUCUGAUAGCUUGAAAGCCCUGGAAGAAGAACUCAUGUUAACAUCAGCUCUGGGAGCAAUAGAAACUACCAACAAUUUACCUACUUCACUGGAAGAGGCCAAGAAUUCUCCAUUAAAUCUUAAAAGUGUAUCAUCCAACAAUUCGGAUAAACUUGGUAGUGUUGGUUUUCUUUCCUUUGGAGUUAAUGGAUGCUCAAAUUCAUGUGCUAACGUAUCUGCACAUGGGAUACCUCCGGUUCUACUCCAAACAAGCUAUUCACUCAGAAGUCCGGGUAUUUCAGAAGUUUCUGAGACUGACCAGCCUUUCCCCAUCAACAAAGUUUCUCAUGGUGUGUCAAAUGCAGGAACACUAAAAGAAAACAAUGAUUUAGUUGAAGCUUCUUGUAUCCUAUCAUCUGGAUCUGAUACGCGGGCUUCUUGCUCAGACUUGCUCCCUGAAAUUUUUCAAAGCAAUCUAGAUCUUGUUUGGCAAGAUCAAAGAUGCAAAAAUGUUUGUCAUGAGCCAAAUGUUACUUGUCCAGUUGAUAACUGUAGUAAUGUGCAAUAUUUGACUGAAUACAAGCCUCUACAUACACCAAAGAAUGAUACUUUACUGUUGCCUCUGGAAUUUGCUUCAAGCUGUGAUCUAUUUUCUAUGUUGGGUUUUGGCCAGAGGACACAUUGCUCAAAUGGCAGUUUGGAUGAUGUUUUAGAGCAUAAGAACAGUGCAAGUUCUUGCAAACUGGGUACACAUAUGCCUAAGUUCCCAACAGAUUCAGAUGCUUGUCCUGUCGUUGGUUCGAGUGAUCAGAUCUCUUGUUCUGGGCUAUUUUCCGCAGCUGACAGUGAUCAACUACUGGAUGCCAUAGUCUCAAAGGUCAACCCAAAAGCCAAGCAGGAGACAGAUGAUGACCUUUCUUUUAAGGCUUCCUUAUCCAAAAAUCAUAGUUCUCAUUAUGCUGGAUCUCCUGAUCAUGGCCAAGUACACUUGUCAAAGCAAGGCAAAGAUGGACUUGUUGGUUUUCUUCCCGUACCAGUGAAAACUGAGCCUGCAAGCUCAAGUUAUGGCAAAUCUUCAUGUAGCUUUGAGGAAGUUGGAGAAUACCCUCAAAAUUCUGGGCUUCAUAGAUCUCAGAUCAGCGCAAGGGUUGAAAAUAUUCAGAAUGUUAAAUAUGAGUUUGUGUCAGAUUCAGAUAGCAAAAAAGUUGCUGACUUAGGCAAGUUGAAUCGUAAGAGGCCUAGACCUGGAGAGAGUCCUAGACCAAGACCCAAAGAUCGACAGAUGAUACAAGACCGUAUCAAGGAGCUUCGAGAAAUAGUGCCAAACGGCUCAAAGUGUAGCAUUGAUGCUUUACUGGAAAAGACCAUCAAGCAUAUGCUCUUCUUGCAGAGUGUAACAAAGCAUGGUGACAAACUGAAGGUCACUGGCGAACCCAAGAUCAGCAAUAAGGAAGGUGGUUUGCUCUUGAAAGACAACUUUGAGGGAGGUGCAACAUGGGCAUUUGAGGUUGGAACUCAACCUACAAUCUGUCCCAUUGUGGUGGAGGAUCUGAACCCACCUCGUCAAAUGCUUGUAGAGAUGCUCUGUGAGGAUCGGGGUUUCUUUCUGGAGAUUGCUGACUUCAUCAGGGGAUUGGGACUGACCAUCUUAAAAGGGGUGAUGGAAGCACGGAAAAAUAAAGUAUGGGCACGUUUCGCCGUGGAGGCAAACAGGGAUAUGACACGGAUGGAGAUAUUCCUUUCACUAGUUCAACUGUUAGAACCUGCAUCUGAAAGUGUCGCGGCACCAUCAUCAGCUGCUGCUAACAUCAACACAGCACCUACCGUGUUCCACCAAACUUCAGUGCCUGCAAGGGUCAUCUGAUCAUCUUCAGCGAGAGUAAUCAGUACCGUCAUUCCAUUCGGAAAAAGGCUAAGAGCGGGGUCAGCUUCUCCUGCCAUGACUAGCUUUCCAAAAUCCACUGGUCAGGAAAGACAUUCUUGUUCAGGGCUAUUCCAGCUCCAUUGUUGGCAAGCCGAAGCCCUUUGGUCAGCUUUUGUGGAUGCUCAUUUCUCCUAUCUUCAUGUUCACUUCCUCAAAGAAAGUAACCUUCUUGGCAUCUCUUGUUUGGAAAGCCAGAGAAGUGAAUACUCUUUUGCUUCUUGUGGUAACUUGGUGAACUUGUUUGGGAAGGAAAAGAAGUUAAGAGAACAUCAGCAUCCAUGAAUGAGAAUUGGGAUAAGCUAUUUUUAUGCUGUCAA